GUUCAUGGUGUGCUGAGCAGUUUACAGUCACAGAACGAGAGAGAGCCUGAGGCUCAAUCUGCAACUGUGAGUGCAAGUUAUGACAACAGAAUGCAUAAACUUACAGCACAAUAUCAGGAGCUUGAAGGACCAGAGGUAUUCUCUCAGGAACGAGAGAACUUCCCUAGGACUCCCCGCAGCAUCCGCCAGCGCAUUGGACAAACGUUCGCACAGGUCAUCCAACCGGCUUCAACAUGGUUCCAUGGUUCCGACCAAGGCAGCAGUCCAUCACCUAUACCUCAAAAUGCGAAUCAUUCAGAAUCCCUAUCCGAGGAACUGGAACCUUUUUACUCCUUCCGUGAGGCUCUCGCGCGAGAGGACAUCACACUCCCAGGCAGUCAUCUGAGUCCAUCAGAUCAUGUCAGCGGACUUGGUUCUGAAUGCACCGGCGGCGAGACUCCAAGUCAUUCAGAAUCCUUGGAGCUGAACAUGCCUGCUGAUAUGUCAUCUGUCAAUGAAGCGGGCUCAGCUUGCCCAUCAUGCCUCUCACCUACCGCAGACAGUGUUGAGAAAGAGCGCACGUAUUGUCCUCCUCCAUCAAUCAAUAUCGCAGACUUGGCUUAUCGGGACCUUUCUGACCUUCUUCGCCCGCAUCGGCCUAAAGGCAAGCCAGGUUACAAGGACUGUGCAUUGGGAGAUGUCCUGCAGCGGAAAAUGAGAGAAAUGCAGUCGCUCCUGGCAAUCUAUGUUAAUGGAAAGAAUGAGUUGGGAUGGAUAGAUGCCUCUCUUCAGGCGGCAAUUGCAACGGGGCACUCAACUUCAUAUGGACGCACCAUCCGUGAGCGAACACGAUCAUUUAUUAAUGAUCGACACUGUCUUCCGUAUACCCCAAUGGCAACAUGGAACAAAUCUAGCCUUGAGUUACACGGACUAAAGGAGGGACUUGUACUACACCUUCAGAGUCUUGGAAAAUACAUUCGUGCACUUGACAUCGUGGAAUUCUGUGCCGAGCCGAGUGUCCAAAAGAAGUAUGGUCUUGAGAAGACCAUAUGUUUAUCCACUGCGCAGAACUGGAUGCAUGUGCUUGAGUAUCGGUGGAGUAAGGAACCAACGGGCCAGUUUGUUGAUGGCCAUGAGAGAGCAGAUGUCGUUGACUAUCGACAACAGACCUUUCUUCCUCGAAUGGAAAAGUUGGAUGAAGGGACUCGCCGAUGGGAUAGGAGUAGCUGGGAAGAAGUAGCCGAGCCUCGUCCUCGAGAUAUACCCAGGCGGAAGACUGUCUACUGGUACCAUGAUGAGUCAACCUUUUACGCACAUGAUCGACGAAAGAAGCGAUGGGUCCACAAGUCGGAGAAAGCAGUCCCACAACCAAAAGGCGAGGGUGUUUCCCUAAUGGUAUCGGACUUCGUCUCAGCCGAUUAUGGUUGGCUCCAUUCGCCCGAUGGUAUCAAGUCUGCUAGGGUGUAUUUCCAUGCAGGAAAGAACCGGGAAGGGUACUUCACCAAUGAGGAUAUCUGUACACAGACGGAGGAAGCCAUGGCGAUCGUGAAGGAAUGCUACCCAAAUGAAGACCAUGUCUUCAUCUUCGAUAAUGCAACAACUCACCUUGCACGUGCACCGGAUGCACUCUCCGCUCGUCAUAUGUCACAAAAGACAACUCUAGCCCAUAAUCCCAUGUUCGGUGUUGAAGUCCGGGACCUUGAUUCGAAUGGCAAGCCGCAGUAUGACCGUUCGGGUGAAGUUCUCAAAAAGAAGAUCAAAAUGGGUCCUGCAACCUAUGCCGAUGGCUCCCCUCAAUGCCUUUAUUAUCCCCCUGAUCACACUGACCCAAACAAAGCUGGAAGAUUCAAAGGAAUGGCUGUCCUGCUCGAGGAACGAGGCUAUAAAGACAUGAUGAAACUGCGUGCACAAUGCAAGGGUUUUAAAUGUCCUCCCACUCGCUUCGAUCGCAGCUCACCUUGCUGUUGCCGCCGUCUUCUCUACAAUGAGCCAGAUUUUGUUAGUGUUGAGAGCAUUCUCGAGACUCUACUCAGAACUGGUGGGUACCAAGCUGUCUUUCUUCCCAAGUUCCACUGUGAACUCAACUUCAUCGAACAAUGCUGGGGUGCAUCAAAACGGGAAUAUCGAAAAUAUCCUAUGUCGUCCUCACUAGAGGACCUGGAUCGGAAUGUAGCCACAGCACUUGAGACGGUAUCUGUGAAAACAAUGCGCCGAUUUUAUACUCGGUCCCAUCGAUUCAUGGAUGCCUACCGUAAGGGUCUUACUGGUAAGCAAGCCGCUUGGGCGACGAAACAGUAUCAUGGACAUCGAGUACUCCCUAACUCCAUUCUUGAUGAGCUUGAACUCAAAGGCAUAGAGCCGUAGAUUAUUGGUUUAUCACUUCACUAAACUAUACACACGCCCUGCUCACAUUCUACCAUAUAUCCUAUGCUCACAUGCUAGUGUAGUACUGUAAAUAGUUCUCCUCCUAGACCUACUAUUCCGCCCCUGUCUAAUCCUCACUUAUCCGCUAAUAACUCCAGUUUAUCUUC